AUGCGGCAGCACCCAGCUGUGUUUGCUGCUCGUUGGCAGCAGCAGCAGCAACUGCAGCAGCAGCAGCUGCAGCAGCAGCAGUUGCUGCAGCAGCAGCAGCAGCAACUGCAGCAGCAACUCCAACAGCUGCAGCAACUGCUGCAGCAGCCGCAUAUAAACCCCUCCCAGCAGUUGCUGCUGCAGCAGAAGCAGCAGCAGCUGCAGCAGCAGCUACACCAUGUGCAACAGCAGCAGCAGCAGCAUCUUCUGCAGCACGACAAAGGGGAGAUGCUCCUCUUGCACCCAGCUGUGUUUGCUGCUCGUUGGCAGCAGCAGCAGCAACUGCAGCAGCAGCAGCUGCAGCAGCAGCAACUGCUACAGCAGCAGCAGCAGCAACUGCAGCAGCAACUCCAACAGCUGCAGCAACUGCUGCACCAGCCGCAUAUAAACCCCUCUCAGCAGUUGCUGCUGCAGCAAAAGCAGCAGCAGCUGCAGCAGCAGCUACACCAUGUGCAUCAGCAGCAGCAGCAGCAUCUGCUGCAGCACGACAAAGGGGAGAUGAUCCUCUUGCAACAGCAGCAGCAGCAGCAGCAGCAGCAGCAGCAGCAGCAGAGUGUAGGGGGCCUCGCAGGUAUACAAUGGGGGCCCCCAAGGAAACAGGGCGUGGUUUACGGGGUCGUUUAG